GCGGUCUUUUUGCUGAAAGUGCCUAGACAAAAUAGUGUUCUCUGUUCACCUUUCAAUCUUUUCCCCCUUUUCCCGCAAUCACACAAUAUGGGUUUAAGUUUCUCUAAGCUCUUUGAUCUCUUCGGCAAGAAAGAGAUGCGCAUUCUGAUGGUGGGUCUUGAUGCCGCCGGUAAGACCACCAUCUUAUACAAGCUCAAGUUGGGCGAAAUCGUCACCACCAUUCCUACCAUCGGUUUCAACGUGGAAACUGUCGAGUACAAGAACAUCUCGUUCACCGUGUGGGAUGUCGGAGGACAGGACAAAAUCCGACCUUUGUGGAGACAUUAUUUCCAAAAUACUCAAGGUAUCAUCUUUGUUGUCGACUCGAACGAUCGCGACCGUGUGUCGGAAGCCCGCGAUGAACUUCAGCGCAUGUUGAACGAAGACGAACUGCGUGAUGCACUUUUGCUUGUGUUUGCCAACAAGCAGGAUCUGCCCAAUGCCAUGAACGCAGCUGAAAUCACGGACAAACUGGGUCUCCACUCUUUGCGCAAUAGACACUGGUACAUUCAGACCACCUGUGCAACCAGCGGUGAUGGUCUCUAUGAGGGCUUGGAAUGGCUGUCAAACAACUUGAAGAGAAGACAGUAAACAUUGGGGGAACAGAACAGACAAGAAGAGGAAAAGUAGGAUAAGCAAGAGCCAAGUAAUGCGUGAGAGGGAGAGAGAGAGUAAAAAGGAUAAGAGCAUAUCUUACUUGACGAACAAGCAGCAAUAGCCCUUGAUACUCUCGGGUCUCUCUCUCUGUGUGUGUAUCUCUCU